UUAUUAGGUUUUACUUUUCUUUUAUUAGGUUGUUUGCUAUGUCUUUGGCUGAUCUAACAAAAACAAAUAUAGAUGAGCAUUUCUCCAGCGUGGCAUUAGAAAAUGAUAGGAGAUCUGCAGAAUGCAAGAGAAGCCCAGGCACAGGCGAUUUUUCACAGAACAAUAAUGCUUCCGAUAAGAGUGUUGAUUAUAGCAGAUCUCAGUGCUCCUGUGGAAGUUUAAGUUCUCAGUAUGAUUAUUCAGAAGACUUUCUCUGUGAUUGUUCAGAAAAGGCCAUUAAUAGAAAUUAUUUAAAGCAGCCUGUGGUUAAAGAAAAGGAGAAGAAAAAGUAUAAUGUUUCUAAAAUCUCCCAUUCUAAAGGCCAGAAGGAAAUCUCAGUUGAAAAAAAGCACACCUGGAAUGCAUCACUCUUUAAUUCUCAAAUCCAUAUGAUUGCCCAAAGAAGAGAUGCUAUGGCUCAUCGAAUACUCUCAGCAAGGCUUCAUAAAAUUAAAGGACUGAAAAAUGAAUUAGCUGAUAUGCAUCAUAAAUUGGAAGCCAUCCUUACAGAAAACCAAUUUUUGAAACAACUUCAGCUUAGGCAUUUGAAAGCUAUAGGAAAAUAUGAGAAUUCACAAAAUAAUCUACCUCAAAUUAUGGCUAAACAUCAGAAUGAAGUAAAAAAUUUAAGGCAACUACUUAGGAAAUCCCAGGAAAAGGAAAGAACGGUAUCUAGGAAACUUAGAGAAACUGACAGCCAGUUACUGAAGACUAAAGACACCCUGCAGGCACUGCAGAAACUCUCUGAAGACAAAAACCUUGCAGAAAGGGAAGAACUCACUCAUAAAUUAUCUAUUAUCACAACAAAAAUGGAGGCAAAUGACAAAAAAAUACAGAGCUUGGAAAAACAACUGAGGUUGAACAGCAGAGCCUUUAGUCGGCAGCUGGCUAUUGAGACUCGGAAGACUUUAGCAGCUCAAACAGCUACCAAGACUCUGCAGGUGGAAGUAAAACACCUUCAACAAAAACUUAAGGAAAAGGAUCGUGAGCUUGAAAUUAAAAACAUCUAUAGUCAUCGAAUACUUAAAAAUUUACACGACACAGAGGACUAUCCAAAAGUUUCUUCAACAAAAUCAGUCCAAGCAGACAGAAAAAGUUUGCCAUUCACAAGUAUGAGACACCAGGGAACCCAAAAAUCAGAUGUUCCACCUUUGACAACCAAGGGUAAAAAGGCAACAGGAAACAUGGAUUGUAAAGAAAAAUCAACUGAAAUAAAUCGUGAAAUUCCUCACUGUGUCAAUAAACUACCAAAGCAAGAGGAUUCUAAGACAAAAUAUGAAGAUUUAUCAAGGGAAGAGAAACAUUUGGAAGUGCAAGUACUGCUGGAGAAUACUGGAAGACAAAAAGACAAAAAAGAAGACCAAGAAAAGAAAACCAUUUUUGUGAAAGAAGAGCAUGAAUUACCACCAAAAAUAAUUGAAGUUAUUCAUCCUGAAAGAGAAAGCACUCAAGAUGUUCUAGUAAGAGAAAAGUUUCAAAGAAGCAUGCAGAGAAACGGCAUGGAUGACACACCUGACAAAUGCACUGCUCCCUACACGAAAGGCCCCCUCAGACAAAGAAGGCAUUACUCAUUCACAGAAGCAACUGAAAAUCUGCAUCAUGGGCUUCCUGCUUCAGGUGGGCCAGCCAAUGCCGGCAACACAAGGUACAGUCAUAGUACAAGCAAGCAUCUCAGUAACAGAGAGGAAAUGGAGCUAGAGCAUUCUGACAGUGGGUAUGAGCCCUCAUUUGGCAAGUCUUCCAGAAUAAAAGUGAAGGAUACAACUUUCAGAGAUAAGAAAAGCAGUCUCAUGGAAGAACUCUUUGGAUCAGGGAACGUGUUGAAAACUGACCAAUCAAGUCCUGGUGUUGCAAAAGGCUCAGAGGAGCCUUUGCAAAGUAAGGAGUCACAUCCCCUGCCUCCCAGUCAGGCCUCUGCCAGCAAUGCUUUCGGAGACUCUAAAGUAACCGUGGUAAAUUCUAUUAAACCAUCGUCACCUACAGAAGGAAAAAGUAAAAUAAUUAUUUAAAUAUAAUCAAUAUCCUAAUGCA